AUGGUUGUUCACCUGCAGCCCUUAUCAUUGGUGAUCAACAUUGCUCAGGCUGCCCAUUGUUGCCUUGACAAAGUCUUGAUCAUUUUCAGCUUUCUGAUAUCAAAAUAUGUUGAUCUACAAGGGAAGGCAACAUCAGUAGAAGAGCAAUCAAUGAUCCAGGCCAUUAUUGAUUCUCUCAAAAAGCACUGGAGCAAAUGCAAUCAAGAUGUGUUUUUUGCUGCAGUUAUUUUGAAUCCCCUCUAUAGGAUCAAGCCCUUUGCUCGCCUUCACAAAUUCACUAAUGCUGGAAUCAUGACACUAUUGGUCAAGCUAUGGGAUCAAAUUUUCCCCAAUACACCCUCAGACCAGUUCCAAACAGAACUCUUGCAGCAUCUAGAAGGAAACAAGGACUAUGGCAAGGAAUUUAUCAAUUGGGUGGACUUGGUUCAAAGUUCUGCUGAGACCAAGGCAUGUUUAAUUAUUUUUGAAUAUUUCUUGUUGUCAUUCAUGACCUGCACAUUGCAGCAAAAAUGUCCUGACCCUCUCAAGAUGUACAAGGGAAUCUGUUUUCAAGACACACAGCCAACACCACUGCAGAAAUUCACUCAUCAAAUAUUUUCAAUUUGCACAAACUCAGCCUCUUGUGAACGUCUUUUCAGUCUUUUCGGCACUGUACUCACAAAACUUCAAUCACAUUUUGGCCUUAAGGGCCUCACAGACUCGGCAGAAUUGUGUUUGCAUUUGUGA